AUGACGGAUUUCAAGUUAUCAAGCUUAUAUCAUUUUAGUCUUAAUGCGAGAUGGGUCUCUGCAGCCCACAGUUGUUGGCUAUACCACAAUAACGACUGCUCUGGAGACGAAAAGCUCUCAUUGCCUAUGAUGGAGGCGCCCUUUGCACUCGACAAGUUUGAGAACUCCAACGAAAACUUCAACUCAAUGAGCAUGCCGGCCAACGGAAAGGCAGUUUACUGCACCUCCCAGUCGCAUAGCCCAUAG